CAGGCAGGCGGGGCACGCGAGGCGGCGCCCGCACGGCCGAGCGCGGACCGCGGGGGGCGCCCGCGCCGGGAGCAGCAGGAGGAGGAGCAGGAGGAGGACGCGCGGCGGCGCCGGCGCCCUGCCCGGGAAAGUAAAGUUGGAGCGGGAGGCUGCGCGCGGGCGCGGGGGUCCGAAGGAGCGGCAGCCCGCGCCCCAGCGCGCCGAGCCCUAGCCGGCCGGAUGGGAAGCGGAGCGCCCGGGCCGCCGCCGCCGCCUGGAGCCUGCGCCCCUGCCGGGCGCCGGGGCCGCGGGGCCGCUCGGGCACGCCCGCUCGGGCGCCGCGUCGCCGUGGGCUCGCGGCCCGGGCGCUCCCCGUGAACGGGGCUGAGGGCGGGGCCGCGCGAGGACCCCGGGACCUGCCCCCCUCCCCCCCACCGCCGCGUCGCCGCUGGCUCCGGGCGCCUCCUGCUCUGCACUUACGCGCGCGGCAGCUGCGGGGAGCCCGGCAGCCACGCUCUCCGGCGCGCCGCUCGCCCGCCGAGCCACCACGGCCGAGGGCCGGCUGCGAGGCGCCGCGGUCCCUGGCGGGCGCGCCCAAGGAGCAGGCGGCGAUGCGGGCGCCGACCCGGGCUGCGGGGCGCCCGAGCUGCCACGGCUGCGCCCCAGCUCCAGGCGGGACCGCGUAGCUCACGGGAGGACCAUGGCGUCCCCGGCGCUGGCGGCGGCGCUGGCGGCAGCGGCGACGGCGGCGGGCCCCAACGCGAGCGGCGCCGGCGAGGGGGGCAGCGGCGGGGCCAACGCCUCGGGGCCGCCCCCCGGCCAGUACUCGGCGGGCGCCGUGGCGGGGCUGGCGGCCCUGGUGGGCUUCCUCAUCGUCUUCACCGUGGUGGGCAACGUGCUGGUGGUGAUCGCGGUGCUGACCAGUCGAGCCCUGCGUGCGCCGCAGAACCUCUUCCUGGUGUCGCUGGCCUCAGCCGACAUCCUGGUGGCCACGCUGGUCAUGCCUUUCUCGCUGGCCAACGAGCUUAUGGCCUACUGGUACUUCGGGCAGGUGUGGUGCGGCGUGUACCUGGCGCUCGACGUGCUCUUCUGCACCUCGUCCAUCGUGCACUUGUGCGCCAUCAGCCUGGACCGCUACUGGUCCGUGACCCAGGCCGUCGAGUACAACCUGAAGCGCACGCCGCGCCGCGUCAAGGCCACCAUCGUGGCCGUGUGGCUCAUCUCGGCCGUCAUCUCCUUCCCGCCGCUCGUUUCGCUCUACCGCCAGCCCGACGGCGCCGCCUACCCGCAGUGCGGCCUCAACGACGAGACCUGGUACAUCCUGUCCUCCUGCAUCGGCUCCUUCUUCGCGCCCUGCCUCAUCAUGGGCCUGGUGUACGCGCGCAUCUACCGCGUGGCCAAGCUGCGCACGCGCACGCUCAGCGAAAAGCGCGCGCCCGCGGGCCCCGACGGCGCGUCCCCGACCACGGAGAACGGGCUGGGCGCGGCGGCGGGCGCCGGCGAGAACGGGCACUGCGCGCCCCCGCGGCCCCCGCGCCCAGACCUGGAGCCCGAGGACAGCAGCGCGUCGGCCGAGAGGCGGCGGCGCCGGGGCGCGCUGCGGCGGGGCGGGCGGCGGCGCGCGGGCGGCGAGGGGGACGCGGGCGGCGCGGAGGAGCCGGCGCCGGGCGCGGCUGAGCCGGGCGCGCUGACCGCCGCGAGGUCCCCGGGCCCCGGCGGGCGCCUGUCGCGCGCCAGCUCGCGGUCCGUCGAGUUCUUCCUGUCGCGCCGCCGCCGGGCGCGCAGCAGUGUGUGCCGCCGCAAGGUGGCCCAGGCGCGCGAGAAGCGCUUCACCUUCGUGCUGGCGGUGGUCAUGGGCGUGUUCGUGCUCUGCUGGUUCCCUUUCUUCUUCAGCUACAGCCUGUACGGCAUCUGCCGAGAGGCCUGCCAGGUGCCCGGCCCGCUCUUCAAGUUCUUUUUCUGGAUCGGCUACUGCAACAGCUCGCUCAACCCGGUCAUCUACACCGUCUUCAACCAGGACUUCCGGCGCUCCUUCAAGCACAUUCUCUUCCGACGGAGGAGACGGGGCUUCAGGCAGUGACCCGUGCGCCCCGCUCGCGCGGAGACCCUGGACAGCUCCGGGCGGAGGGGCGGGCUGGCGUGCCCCACCCCCACCCCGGAAGAAAGCGGGAGCAGCUUCCUCAGAAACCCAGGGAUGGAUUGGCCUCCAGGGCGCAGGGGAGGGUGGACGGCAGGGCAGGAGCCUGGGCUGAGGGAUCGCAGGGCCUCCAGGGAGGGGGCAGGAGAGAGGGGAGACCCCUCUGCCUUCCCAUCUCAGCAAGGGGCUGCUUCUGGGGCUCCAGGCCUGGAUCCAGCUCCGGGGGCCCCUGCCAAGGUGUGGCUGUGAGGUCAGGGUCAUAGAAAGCAGUGGCGUAUGCAACUCCCCACAUGGAUGAGAAAAGAGACCUUCCAAACACUCACCACCACCCCGGAUCCGCAUCUGAGCAAGGGCUGACUUCCCCAGGACUAGUGGGGGCGGCUGUCUGGGGGGGAGGAGAGAGCACUGACAAUCUUUGGUUACUGAAAGCAUUAAAUGUUUGCCAAAAAUGACAGCCAAAACAGCCAAACUAUUUUCUAAAUAAACCUUUGUA